AUGUACGUCACUCUCUACUUUAAAGUCACCCGCCUCCCUGACUCUCUUCGCGCAGUCAGGGACCACUUUCUCGCCCUUGACCCCACAGACCUGACUAUCGACCUGCUCGAGAAGCAUCUCCUUGCAGCUGAGACUAGCAUAGUCGCUGUAGCUGCUUCUCGUGGCACUCCUCGCACUCCCUUCUUUGAGGGGUGUUCCCCCUCCCCCCUUGCCCUUUCAGUCGCUUCUGCUGCUGCUGUUGACUUCCUUCGUGCUGAGGAGGUCGAGGUUGCGUCUGCUCCUAGUGGGAGGCGCCGCAGCGGCAAGGGCAAGGGAGGCAAGAGUGGUGGGGGUGGCGGCAGUGGAGGAGGUGGUGUAGGUGGUGGAGGUGGCGGUGGUGGCGGUGGGAGUGGUGAUGGGAGUAGUGGUGGGGGUGGAGGCGUCGGUGGCGGCGGUGGUGGUAGCGGUGGGAGUGGUGGCGGCGGUGGUGGCAGCAGUGGGAGUGGUGGCGGCGGCAGUGGUGGCGGUCGGGGUGGCGCGGUCCAUAGGGGAGGUUAUGGCGGUGGCCAAAGGCGUCCCUGCGAGACCCUUACGCCCCAGCAGCUUCGUGAGUGGUUUGCUCAGCGUGGGGCGUCUGGGGGUAGUGUUCGCUGCCCGUACGUCAUUCGCACAGGUGAUCGGGCUGGUCAGACAUGCGGGAAGGUUGGUCACACACAGUCCCGCUGCUUCUCCCGUCUUGACGACGCCUGGCGCACAGAGUUUGGCGACGAGGCUGAGCUCCCCCGCUGGCUAGAGCUGCUUAGGACCGAUGUGGAUAUCUUUGCUCUUGACUAA